AUGGCUUCGACACCGAUGGAUAUCGACCGCUCUAAUACACCCAACGGCGCUUCGCUCAACAUCCAUCGCACCAUUGGCACCACCGCCUCUGUCUCCAACUUGUCCGAUGUUAUAGGCAACUUCCGUCCAACCAAGCUAUUCCGCCGCGAUGACAUCAAGGACAAUCGCCCGCAGCCUCAUGUGCUGUCCCUCGACUACGACGACGAAGGUCAGCUUGUCAUGGCAUCGGCCAGUGACGAGACGAUACAGAUCUACCAUGUCAAAGAAGGUCGGCAUGAUAAGAGUUUGAUCAGUAAGAAGUACGGCGUCAAGCUGGCCAAGUUCACGCAUACGAACUCAAGUAUUAUUUACGCCAGCACAAAACAAAACGAUGCCAUUCGGUAUCUCGCUACGCACGACAACUCUUUUAUUCGAUACUUUGAUGGCCACGAGGGGCCUGUGACCUCGCUAGCUGUACACCCUGGUAGCGACAACUUCAUAUCAUGCUCGCAGGAUAAUACCGUGCGUCUUUGGGACACGCAAACCAAGAACUACCAAGGUCAACUCUUCCUUCGAUCGCCUUACUUCGCUGCAUACGACCCGUCUGGAACUGUAUUCGCUGUGGCUUGCACAAGCAGCGGUACAGUCUUGCUGUACGAUGCGCGCAACUACGACAAGGCUCCUUUCGCGACAGUCGAUAUUGUGGAACAGUGUAGGAAGGUGGAUUCGCAGUGCCUCAACAAGGGCUGGACAAAACUUGAAUUUUCCAACGAUGGCAAGUCGCUACUUGUUGGAACUCGGGGUAACGGCCAUUUCCUACUCGACGCAUUUGAAGGUACGCUGAAAGCCUACCUCCACAAGCCAAACGGCGGAACUCGGCGACUGGCCGUUGGAGAGGCAGCACCAACCAGUGGCGUAUCGUCUGAUGCAUCUAAUAUCGAGAGCAGCGGCGACUGUUGUUUUGCACCUGAUGGCCGUUAUGUCCUGAGCGGCUCCAAGAAGGACGUCCUCGUAUGGGACACUAUGGCAGCCCCGGACGACAACAAAGUUCUGGAACCAAGCUGGACACUGCCUGAUAAGAGAGAGGCUGCUGUCCUAGCAUUCAAUCCCCGGUACAACUUUUUCGCUACGGCUGAUCAAGAAUUGUUGUUUUGGCUACCCGAUCCUCAUGCGUGA